GACGUCAUAAGUGAACGGCCCCUUGAACUUAUCCAGGAAGUCGUAUACUAAACGAGGUGGAUCAUUCCCUAGCCAUCCAAGUACCAGUAACACCAGCCAAACCUUUUAAACUUCCUCUAGAUCAGUGUUUCUCAAACUUUUUAAGGUCGCCGAGCAGUAAAUCGUAAAUUAAUGUUUCCGAGCCACACUGACAACCACUAUUGACACAUCUAAAAUUAUUCUGAAGAACAGUAAAGCUUCGCGUAGUAUAGUUUGAGAAACACUGCCCCAAAUCAACAGAAAACCAAUAAAACAUUAAAUGUACAAUUUUUUCCUUCAUUUUAGUAAAAACUGGACCAAUUUAAUCAAAGCUGUGAAUUAGACAAGUCGAAGAACCCAUCAAGCGCAUCAACUUUACAGUGUAUCAUCAAUUAAACAGUUUACAACCUAGAAACCAUCACUAAUUACCUCAUCCUACAUAUAAGCUUAACAUCAAGAAUCUAAAACAUCAAUUGCUUCACUAAAACAAGGAUCAUUCCUAAAUUAAACAACCUUACAACCUCAAAGAAAACUUAACCAAAAUGGGAAAAUGUCUAGACUCCGUCAAAGGCUUCUGGGCCAACGAUACCUUCAGAAUGGUGACUUUUGCCAUCGGAAUCAUUGUCUGUUUCUCCAUGUAUGGAAUGCUGCAAGAAAAGAUCAUGCGAGUCUGUUAUGGCGGUGAAUUUGUGGACGGCGUUUGCAGUGGAAAGAAGUUUGAAUUUGAAUUGACUUUGGUGCUGAUUUAUUGUGCUUGGUAUUCGAUAUUUUCGAAAAUCCUCAUGUACGCCAACAACCGUGUUCCAUUUGUCGAGAACUUGAGAGAAGAUAAAACUUUUGUUGGCUGGUACAUAGCAGUUGCCUUUUGCUACCUUUCUGCUAUGGUGUGCAGUACAAUGGCCUUAAGAUGGAUCACAUAUCCGACACAAGUUAUUGCUAAGUCAUCGAAACCAAUUCCUGUGAUGAUUCUCGGCGUGUUCCUAGCACAAAAGCGCUACACAAUCCAAAAAUACUUUUUCGUCAUCCUGAUCGUCAUCGGAGUCAUCCUAUUCGUCUACAAAGAAGGAAAAGCAAAGCCUGGUGAGGAAAAUUCAUGGCUCGGCUUAACAUUGGUUGGAAUGAGUCUUCUGGCUGAUGGUGUCCUCGGUGGAAUUGAAGACAGGAUCAGAAAUCGAACAAAUCCAUCAGCAUUAAGCAUCAUGUUUGCCUUAAAUUUCUGGUCAUCAGUCAUUCUCGUUGUCGCAGUUGUUGCAACAACCGAAGUCUUCAAAUUUUACGAUUUUGUCGUUGAGUUCCCAGAAGUAUUAUUGAAAAUUUUAUUUGCAUCCUUAAUUGGCUCCCUUGGACAAAUCUUCAUUUUCCUCAUGAUUGCCGGCUUUGGGUCACUUCCAUGCUCAAUAGCAACAACAACAAGAAAAUUCUUCAAUGUUUUAAUUUCAGUCUUUCUAUUUGGAAAUUCGUUGAUUCCACGUCAAUGGAUCGCAACUGGAAUUGUCUUUUCAGCACUGCUGGCUGACAUAUUGUUUGGAAAAAAGAAAAUUUUCGGACGUAAAGGCGAGGAUGUUCAGGUUGUGUCGACAACAAAUGAUUUUGAAUUUACGAAUGUAAAGUUGGAGGAAAUUGAGAAAUUAAAUCAAAAUAAAGAAGAAGUUUGAGAUUUG